AAAUUAAGUUUUAUAUAUUUAACAAAAUCUCUUAUGUUAUGGACAAAGAAAACUAAGGGAGAAAACAGAAUAAUAUUGACGAUGUUUCCUCGCAGGAAAAGUCCGCGUGCCUCUUCGUUGCUAGGCAACAACAAAACACUGUAGCGGCAGGAUGGGUGUUUUGAAGAGUGUACAUGUAGUUCUUGUUUUUUUUAUAGAACAUGAUCAUUGAUGUAAAUCUGUUCUCAAUUUCGGAGCAAUCUGAUUUGUUUUCUAUAUUGAUUUAUUUCAUUUAAGUGCAUGUUCUGGUCUGAAUCUGAGGUAUCUACAUUAUUGGGCUACCGUUCUGUAUAAUUUAAGGUAUUGAUCCAUAAGUGUAUUUAAUCUGUCUGAGAAAUCCAGUGAGUAUGAACUACAAAGAACUUGUCAAGGAAGUCACAAGACUCUUGGACAAAUUUCAAGAAGACAAACAAUGCAUAGACAGCUAUACAGAGGAUGCUGCCAAGGAACUUAAGAAUCUGUCCUCCGAUGACCAGAAGUUUGUUAUUGAUGCUUUACUUGGAUGUAUCACACACAAAAAGCUUCUGGAUACUGUGGUAAACAUAUUCUACGUUCACCAAGGAAGAACUUUACUCAGGGUGGACCGAAACCUUUUCAUUGUUGUCUGUUACCUUGCCAUGUUCCAGCUUGAUGAUUUAGGCCUGGAGCAGUUCAGUAAAAUCAUCAAGUCCUUAGAUAUCUCAAAAAUGCACAAAUUCCUGAGCUUUUUCUUUAACGUCAACAACCUUACAACCCAGAUCCAGGAAGAAUGGAGUCACAUCUAUGACGUUACUGUUGUACAGAGUAACUGGAUCACCCCGUUGAUCAGAUGGUGCGGUGAGAUUGACAAACUUUUGGAUCAGCUUGCCAGCAAAAUGAGUAAAGGAAGUCUGCCAAAGAAAUCGGCAAAGAAAAUCACAGAACCCAAAGAAUUUAUUCUGACUCAGCCCAAACCUCGACCACUCCCUGCUGCUGAAGUCAUUCCGCAGCAGGACAAGCCCAAGCCAGUUCCAGCCACCACUCACCAAUCUCCAAAGGAACCAGACAUUCUGGACGAGCUGAAACAGAGGAACCGACAGAAAGCAUUAGAAGUCCUGAAUGAAGCAAAAUCUCAGCAGUUCAGAUGUGCAAAUCCACAAAAGUCUGAGAAAACGCAGAAAGUGAUGUCCCAGAUUCUUCAAAGCCGUGAUGCAGAGCUUAAGUUUGACAAGUUGUAUACUUCUGGCAGCCCUUCCACCCAAAAGGCAAACAUCUUACCAGUCAAACUGAAUACAACAGCCAUCCUGCGAGAGGGAGCUUUGUAUAACCGUCAAUUGGAAGAGGAGUUACAAAGAUUAGAGCAGUUGUCCAAGGGUGCGAGUGAGCCGUCUGCGUUCCUGCAGUGGCAGAAGGAAAUGAAAGACAAAGAUCUUCAGGAGGAGCUUGCUGAACUGGAGCGCCGGCGACUGGAGGGUCGAAUCAGCCAUGAGGAGGCGGUGCUGGCACGAGAACGCGUCCUGGAGCGCAACCACCAUAAAGUUCAGCAGACUAAAGAGGAGACAGCAGAACUGAUGCGCAAGUACGCAGAGAAACGUCUGAAGGAGGAGAAGGAAAUGAGAGAGCUGGUACAACAAGUGGCUGAUGGUCACAAGAACUCCAAAGCUGCCAAAGCAAAGCUACAAGAAAUCAAACAACACAUAGUUAAGGAGGUCUCUGAGCAGAGCAGGGAACUCCUCAGCCAGGCUUUGGAGGAAGCCCAGGCUGAGCUAAGCAGGAAGAUGGAGCUUAUUCGACAGAUUCGUGCUUUUGAGUCAAUCCCACUGGUCAGACAAAAGUUUGUAGAUGAAACUGAGACUGCCGGUCAUGAUCUGCUGUGCGAGAUGUCUUUGGCGGAGCUCCGCGAGCGUUUGAUAAUGCUGAGAGAGUUACAGGAGUUUGAGCAGGAGGAGAGGAGAAACUGGAUUCUGCAGGAGAAGCAGAUGAAGGAGGAGCUGCUGUUGGAUCAGCUGGACAACAUCGCUCUGUGCAGAAGUCUAGCAGAACAGGCCGCUGCUGCACGCAGUCAAGAAGAGAAAAGAAUGAAAAGUGAACUAAGGGAGGCUGUCAGUAAAGAUGAGCGAGUUCUGGCCCUCCAAAAGACCCUGGAGCAGAAACAACAGGAAAGACAGCAGAAAAAGAGUGAGAAAGCCAAUACGAAGAGAAAUGAAAAGGAGCCUCCACUCAGAGACAAGAACUCCAUCCACAAUAAGCAGGUUCUUGAGGAACAUCACUGGCAGGAGCUGGAGCGCAGUUUGGAACAGCAAGUUCACGGGAUCAUCCAGCAGUCAUCCAAUAAAACUAAUGCUGGUCCGAACCAGAGGCGAGUUUUCUGAUGGACUCA